GGACAGCACGACCACUUUCCACAUAACAACAUGACAACAUGACGCGAUCCGCCGCUCUUAUCGCUGUGUCGGUUCGCUUCUUGACAAUCUAAGCACAGCUGGUGGAGAAGCUCACGCCUGAACAGCUCUAUGCUUCAGAAUGGAAUAUCUACUGCAGGUGAAAAUAGGCGCUCUGGUCGGGCUACUGCUGCUCACUCUUCUCUUCGGAUCUAUCCCCGCCCGGGUCAAGUGGUUCAGACGCACGAACGGGACAGAAGCCCACCACACAGUUCUGAGUCUGAUCAGCUGUUUUGCCGGAGGGGUUUUCCUGGCAGCAUGUCUGCUCGACAUCAUUCCAGACUAUCUGUCAGACAUCCAUGCCGAGCUGGAUGCUCGGAAGGUGGAGACCAGCUUCCCUCUUCCAGAGUUCAUCAUGGCUGCCGGCUUCUUCACCGUCCUCCUCCUGGAGAAGAUUGUCCUGAACUGCCAGGAAAUGGGAGGGGCUCGGGAGGAGAGGGCACCGCUUAUACCGGACAACAGAAAUGGACACGGGCACGGCCACGGAACGAGCUCUGAUCUGGAAGGCAGCGGCCACCACGUCCAUGUUGACUUUCAGGCUCAUUCCCCCUUUCGUUCGUUCAUGCUCUUCCUCUCACUCUCGCUCCAUUCAGUGUUUGAGGGCCUCGCUAUCGGUCUGCAGAACACAGAUUCAAAGGUAUUAGAGAUCUGCAUCGCUAUACUUGUGCACAAGAGCAUCAUAGUGUUCAGCUUGUCUGUGAAACUGGUCCAGAGCGCAGUUCGUCCAUUGUGGGUGGCCACUUACAUCGGCGUGUUCGCCAUGAUGUCGCCUCUGGGCAUCGCCAUCGGCAUCAGCGUGAUGGAGGCCCAACUGCAAGCUGGAGCGCUGAUCCAGGCCAUCCUGGAGGGGAUGUCAGCAGGGACGUUUAUUUACAUCACAUUCAUGGAAAUUCUCCCACACGAGCUCAACUCCCCCGGGCAGCAGCUCCUCAAGGUGUUCUUUAUCCUGCUGGGCUUCAGCGUCAUGGCGGCUCUGACGUUUUUGGGAUGAGAUCUGUCAGGACGUGGCCUGGACUCCCUGUGCCAACUACUGCAGUGCCCGCAGGAUGUCGGUUGACGUAUGUACUGAAAGACGAUUUGUCCCUGUCAGAAAAGAAGAAGUAGGUUUACUGACGCACUGUUAAGUUCAACCUCUGAUGAUUUUAGUGUCAAGUGGAGCAGAUGUUGAUGUGUUAGUGCUUUGACGAAAAGUUUCCCAAUGGAGUAGUCGAGCAGAUUUGUGUAUAUACAUACAUUUUUUUUAGAUUUUAUGUAAAGAGGAACCACUUACUGCAAAAGGCUUGUUACACAGAGUCCCCUCAUUCUUCACUGGCCGUGGUUGGAAACAUGCUUCGGAGCAGCAAACAAAACCACCAUAGCUGACUUUUGACACUUUUGAAGAAACCACUGGAAACAUAGGGUCAUGUUGUAUGGUCAUGUAAUUCAUGAAUUAAUUCAGUCACGUCAGUAUAGAGGUACCUCAUUAUUUUUAUUAUGUUUACAUUUCAUUUGAAGCAAAUUCCAACUGGGAAUUUGACAGCGUCUUGUUUCCAAAGAGAGCUCCAUCUGUGCCUUUGCUUUUGUUCAGGUAUUUCAUGGUAUGUUCUUGGUGCUGGCUGGUUGUUAAUGAUGUUUCCACUGACAAAGGUUGAUUGGGUAAAUACCUAUAUUUUAGUGUAAUACUUUUAGGUGUAAUUUCCAGUAUUAGGCUUUUAUGCUUUUUAAAUAAUUGACAUUUCCCACAUUUGUCUAGUAAAUUAAUGUAAAUGCAAACUGACUCCCUGAUUCCUUGAGGUGUAGGCAAGAAGAAAAGAGUCAAAAACACGAGUGGCAAUGAUGAGAAAACGAUGUGGGAUAUCUUUUUAUUCUUUCUGCACUUUUCCAAUAAAGAAUCAGUGAUCAUCUCCACAAAUGUGCUAGAGACUUUUGCCGCCCACUAUUUAAGCCGAGCACUAUUAUCUACAUUAUGCUGAACUUUGUCCUGGUUGAGUCUGUUCUGUUUUGCCACUUUGUCCACUCUCACUACAGCAGAAUAUCUGUCUGUCGUAAAUAAAGACAGAAUGCUGCCUUCCCAAAAACACCUUCUUAAUGCAAAUUGCAUUAGUUCUCUUUUUUGAAACAGAAGCCUUAAAUUUAAGGAUAUAAACUGUAAACGUAUGCUUUAUUGUAUAUUACUAGUGCACGCAACUGUACAACACAGUACGCACAGGAAUCUGUGCGUGGGCCCAAACUGUAUUUUUCAUGGGUCAUACAAAUACUAAAAGUUUAAUGAUAAUUAAGCAUAUGUGCGCCGAAUCCACAAAAACUCAACCAGUGUGUAAGUGGAUGUAAAUAACUGCAGUUGUUCCCUGUUUCUCUUUAGUCACAAAUCCGGUUUCAGUCUGUCAUGUGAUGGUCUGGUUGACUCAUCAGCAGAACCAAUAUCAGGAUGUGGGAUUGUGUGAGGCUUUUGUUGUUAAAAACUUGAGAUUUGCUAAAUCUGAUCUGAAUUGUUUUUUUCACUGAAGGAACUCUGACAAAGACUGAUGGAACAAUUUACACAGAAAAAAAGAACUGCUAUCACGAACACUACCAACAUGUAGAAGUACAAAAAUGUUUGACUGUCAUUUUGUAAGUUGACCAACGCUUGUUUGUGCCUUAUGAUCAUUUACCUCUAUCUGUUGUCUGUAAACUUGAUGAGAGUAAAGAUAACAGAGACA